AAGGGACUGUUGUCUCUGAACAAAUUCCUUUCCUCUCUGAGUUUUUUUUUCCCCUCUCCAUUCUGCUCAGCUCACCCUAGUGUCCGGAUUCAGCAAUGCCUGGUUAAACCACACACAAUAUAUCUUAAAAAAAAACAGGAUCUUUGCAGGGAAGGAAGUUCACAGUGGAUGAGAGAACCGAAGAGGAGGAGGAGGAAGUUAAGAAUAUUCCCCUGAAGGGAGGAAACAGCUGGAUUGCAAGCGACCUGCUCAGAACGAGGUGGUAACGAAGUGGCGAGGGAUACAGUUGUCGAUCCGGCGGCGAUGUAAGGCCAGGGAGCUAUGCCUUAUAGCAAUGUUUUUAACCAAGCAAUGCAACAUGGCGUCUCAGCCCCUAAACAAUUUGGACUUUGUGGCCCUGUUUCUCUGUGCCUCCUCUCGCUCGCCCUGUGUGCCGGGGUGCUGGGCAGACAACGGGAGUGUCUGCCCUGUCCGCCGAACUGCCGCUGCCCCAGCAUCGAUGUGUCCUGCACGGUUAACUGCUCCAGCGCCGGACUUCAGCGCUCACCCAGACUGACAGAGCUGCCUCGCAACACCACUGUACUGUGCUCCUACGGCGCUCUUGGAUGGGGAGUUGCAGGAUUUAGAUCCAACGAUAUUGAAGGAUCGGCCAUAUAUUUCCGAGGAUGGUGUGUGACUUGGAAGGACACUUGUAGAUGGAUAAGGGACCUUUCAUACAAUGGCAUUCUCUCACUCGAUGAAAACUUUUUGGACAAUUUGACUUCCCUGGAGAAAUUAUAUCUACAGGGCAAUAAUAUUAGUAUUCUUUACAAAGAAAUCUUCGCUGGUAGAAGAUAUUUAUCAGAUAUAGACAUAAGCAACAAUCAAAUAUCUACUUUAGAAGAUGGAAUAUUUGCAGAUUUAUUUAAUUUAAGUAAAAUAAACUUGAGCUUUAAUGAGUUUGUUUGUGACUGUAACCUUUCUUGGUUACCAAGCUGGGUGAAUGAAGAAGAAGCAAAUGGAGUGAUCAUCAUUGAUAGUGAAUUCAUUAAGUGUGCCAGACCUUCAAAGCUAAAGGACGUAUCUGUGUUAAGUGUUAAUUUUUCAAGCCUUUUCUACGGGUCUGAGUUUGUGGCCUGCUUGCCUGACAGACAGCCAAUCGUGAACCUGUCCUUGGUGACCUCGCAGAACUCCAGCAGAGAGAAUUGCAUCGAGCUCUGUUUUAGUGAGGGUGAACCAUAUGCUGUCUUGGACAAUGAGAGUCAUUGUCUCUGUGGCUCCAAACUUGAACCGGAUUCAGUCUCUGUGUGCACACAGGAGGCAGCAGACAGAGGGUUUAUUCAGGUCUGUGGCUGCACUAUUAUAGAACAAGCAUUCAAAGCUACAAUUGCGAAUUUUGCUGAACCUCGCACUUUCAGCCUAUUUGAGGCUGCCCGCUUGACUGUUAAGACUUUAGUUAAUGUUAGCACUUUCCAGUGGGACUUUGGAGAUCUGUCGCCGCCUUUUAACACCACCAGCCAUGCAGUGUUCCACAAGUAUGGGCUCCCAGGGACAUACCUGGUCAGUGUCGCCUUCUUUGUAGGCAGAAAACUUACCUCACUGCAUGUGGAAAUAAACGUCACCAUUCCCCCUGGAAGGCUGGAGAUGAUGUGUCCUCUUGUGGUCCAAACAAAUAAAAGCAUUGACGUUAGGAUCUACAACUGGAACAGCAACGGUGUCACAGCAUCGUGGAGUGUUACAGCAUCUAAUAUCGACACAGUAGGGGGGUCUCCAUUUUGUCCAUUAGGUGGACACUUGAGCAACAAUUACUGUUACGUGCUGGUGACAAAUAAUUCCACUUGGUACAUGGCUCGUCAGUUCUGUCAAUCUCACAGCGAUGGUGACCUGGCUACAGUGAAGAGUCCAGAAAUUCAGGAUUUUAUAGCAAAUAUUACAGGAUGCGAGCAUCCUGUAUGGAUAGGUCUCAGUGAUACUGCCAGUGCUGGAACACUGCAGUGGGUGGACGGGUCUACCCUUGAAAAAUUUCAGGACCGGUUGCCUUGGGAACCAAACACACCAGUCGGUGAUACAUGUGUGCUCAUGAAUGCAAGCCAUGAAGGAGAAUGGCAGACAGACCUGUGUACCACGAGGAGAAGUUUUGUUUGUGAAUACAGAGCUGGAGCAGAGAGGAUUCCCGGUGCUGAUUAUCUUCUGGUGGGAUUGCCGGCAUUUAGUACACACUUACCGGUCAGAAAUAUCACCGUCAACAACAACGCCCCGCCAUCUGUGGGGCUGGGGGAGCUCAUGGUCUUCCCAGGCCUUUGGUUCAGUCAUAAAGGUAACAUUUCAGUGGUUGAAAUGGCCACACAAGAUCUGAACCACACUGUGCACGUGAGGUUUCGGAUCUACCGACCAAGAUGUGCUGGAACAGACCUGUACCUCGUGACACCAGACAGUGAAGAAGUAUGCACCUCCUUUGCUUUGUGCUUAGCUCGAGCUCGCGGCAACGUGACCCACGGCUGCGUCAGUGGGACCAAGUGGUGCAGUACGGCCGAAGCUUGCUUGCCGCCCAAAAGGCCCUGCAGUUCCGACAUCUUAAUGCAAUGUCCAAAUUUAAAGCCACCACACUUCAGCAGAAGCCAUCCCAGUUACGAUAUUGUGUCCGAGACUACCUGGACCGUGCCAGCUGGUAGUAGCACUCAUUACGUGGUCCUGCUGGGAAAGGAAGGCAUUGAGGUUCAGGCCAAUGACAUCAUAGCCAUUCAGCACAACAGCGAACCAGGGACCUUCUUACAGUGCCAGCGGAACGAAUCAUCACCCUGGCAACAGAGUUACUUCAGCAUCGUCUACUCCAGCGGGAGUGCUGACUUCCGCAGCAACCUGACCAAUAUCAACUGGACAGAUGGAGUCGUGUGCAACCUGCGUCUGCUCUACAGCCACAGGCACGAGACUGUUGCUAGCAGCCCAUUGCUUCACAAAGGGCAGCCCUCACCGGGUAACUACACCUACCAGGCUACCAUCGAAAACGGGUCGUCUCACAGCAACCUGUCCUGCACAGUGGAGGUAAUUGCCCCAGUUACCGACUUCAGUGUUAUCUACCCGCCAAAGCAAAACGGCGUCCAUUACGUGCCAAAGCAUCGCCCCGUGAUCGUCAUUAAGGUGAAGUCUUCAGACAGGCCAUCAGCGAGCUGGUCCGGGAGCAAUCAGACCUUCAGCUGCGAGACCACCUGCCCUGCAGAUCUUUCCCCUGUCUGCGGAAAGGAGAGUAAUGGUACCUGCUACUCACAAAUCCCUCUCGUUGUCAAGGACUGCAAUCUAACUAGCAUCGUCAUCACCGUGAGGAACAAAGUUAGCUCCGUCAAUAAGACUGUGGCAGUGAGGGCUGAGGACUUGAUUGAAGGACUGACCAUUGUGCCUGACCCAAAGGUCAGAGUGUUGUCCAACACACUUGUGACCUACACAGCAAGAGUGAAUGCAGGAACAAACGUCAUGUUUAAGUGGACUGUUGAUGACAAGGCUUCCUUCAUACAUUACAACCAAGUGUACAAAGUCAUCUAUCGAACAGAGGCUGUUUACAAACUCUCGCUGACUGCAUCCAAUCACGUGAGCAGCCAAAGUAUUAUUUGCAACGUUACUGUAGACAGGAGGAAUCCGUUGGCAGAGUUAAAUGUUUCUGGUGUCCCAGUCGUCCUUGUCCAAGGUGUCCCAUACAUGUUUAUCGCUGGAGUGAAGGUGGAUGCAGCCAUCAAUGCUACAUUCAGGUGGUGUUUUGGCGAUGGGACCAGUGAUGUCGUUUAUCAGUUCAGCUCUCCUUAUAACCUCAGCCUUUCCGUUCCUUACCUGACUGUGAAGCAAGCUGUGCUGCAACAUAAUGUCACUCAUGUGUACCGUCACCCAGGUGAAUACAACCUCUCAGUUUCUGCAUCGGAUAAGUACGAUAACCUCAGCCAGCUCUUCCCACUGAGAGUCUACAGCCGCCUGAGUAACAUCUCCAUCAACGUGAACAGCGAUGUCAUUGCCACUGGCAAAAGAGCUGAGUUCGAAGCCAGCCUGCUGCCAUCCGGGGUGGCUGCUACGUACAGCUGGAGCUUCGGAGACAAUUCCAGCCAGCUGAUUGGAAAUCUCCAGAGGGUCACCCACACCUUCUCCAAGGCUGGGAGAUACAACAUCAGUGUCCAAGCCAGCAACGCCAUCAGCAACGUCAGUGCUCACUGCAUGGUCGAGGUGCUGGAGGAGAUAUCGGACGUGGACUUCUCAGACAACAGCCCCACCGAACUGUCCGCCCCCACCAUAGUCAAAGCCUGGGUGCGGACAGGGACCAGAGUCAGGUGGACAUUUGACAUGGGGGACGGGACGCCACUCACCGAGACCUUCUCCUCGGUGAUGAACUACACCUACUCGGCGGUGGGCAACUACACGGUGACCGUGGUCGCCUCCAACCUGCUGGGCUCCGCCAACGCCUCGCGGCUGGUUGAAGUCUUUGUGCUCCAAGUGUGCAGGAUCAACCCGGCGGGCUGCGUUCAGGAGCUGCUGGAGACCAACUUCACCGCCUACACGCCAGGAGACUCGGCCAACUAUGAGUUCUUCUGGGACUUCGGCGAUGGCUCGUCCAAUGAGACCAUCAGCGGCAAGCCCAACAUCAGCCACAACUACACCCGGAGUGGAGACUUCCCACUCUACUUGGUGGUGUCCAGCAGCGUUAACAAGGUCAACUAUUACUCCAAUGUGUGCGUCCAACCAGCGGUCAGCAAGGUGGUGGUCACCCCGGCCAACAGCUUCAUCCAGCUGGGCGAGGAAGGCACCUUUAUCGCUGAGGCUUUCCCUGUAAGUCAGUACACCUACCUGUGGGAUUUCGGCGCUGGGGUGGACCCGCAGUUUCGCGGAAAGGAGGCAAAUUACACCUUUGGGAGCUCAGGGCUGCACUGGGUCAACGUGACCGCCUUCAACAACGUCUCCUGGGCCAGCGGCGCGGCCUGGGCGCAGGUCCAAACGCCGCUGAUGCGGCUGGAGAUCCACCUGCAGGGUGGGCUGGCGGACAACCUGGUGAGGGGCCAGCCCUACACCUUCAGGGCCGCCAGCGACGGGGACAGCGUGUGCUACACCUGGGACUUCGGCGACGGAGGUGGCAACGGGACGGGCGCCAACGUCACCCGCUCAUUCCGCGCCGCGGGCGGGUUCCGGGUUGGGCUGGAGGGGAAGAACAUGGUCAGCAGCCUGUUGGCCGAGAUGGAGGUCGUGGUGAAGGCGCCGCUGAGGGGGCUGGCUGUUGAGGCUGACGCUAGCGCCACGCCAGUCAACGCCUCCGUCCUCUUCCGGGCCUCGCUGCAGGAUGGCGACUCCGCCCGCUACCUCUGGACCUUCUGCCGGGGCUGCCAGCCGCUGGAAGGCCCCCCCUGCAUGAACCACACCUUUGCCGCCCCCGGCGUCUUCAAUGUCACCGUCCGAGCAGAGAACGGCGUGAGCUCGGCCCAGGCCAGCGUCCAGAUCCACGUCCUGGAGGAGAUCGAAGGUCUGGCCAUGGUGCUCGGGGACUUGGCGCAGAACUGCUGCCUGUUCGCCAACCAGACCCUCUGGUUCCAAGCCACCAUUCGCUUUGGCACCGAGAUCUCGUACGACUGGACGAUUUGGAAGGCAGCCACUGUCUUCUUCCACACCACGGAGAUAUCUUCUCAAGCACUCUUUGAGGAAGCAGGUUCCUAUGAGAUAGUACUUCAGGCCAGUAACCUGCUGGGCACUGUAAACGUCAGCGAGCUGGUUGCUGUGCUGGAGCCCAUUGGCAACGUGGCACUGAGGGCAUCACCCGAGCCAGUGGCAGUGAAUGAGACAACCGUCAUCGAUGUGUGCCUGGACAGCGGUACGGAUGUGAUCUACAGCUGGGCCCUCGACACCAGCACUGUGGUGUCCACUCACGUCCCUUCCGUCCAACACCGCUUCCAGAGCCCGGGGGUGAAGCGGGUUAACGUCACGGCCACCAACAGGCUCAGCUCCGGCCGGGCAACGCUGGCAGUCCGCGUCCAGGAGCAAGUGGGCGGGGUGGACAUCGCAGCUCAGCGCUACGCGGCCACGAACACCACCGUCUCCUUCCGGGCGCUCGCCCUGAGAGGAACCAACAUUUCCUGGCAGUGGACACUGCCUCGGGCCACGGAACGAGACAGCGCGCAGGAAAUAACCGAGUUAUUCCCCUUCGCUGGCGUGUAUCCCAUCAGAUUGAACGCUUCCAAUGACGUGAGCUGGGAGCUGGCCUUAAUGAACAUCACUGUCCAAGAUGAAAUACAGGGGCUACAGCUCCUAGCCUCCAGCUGGGCAGUUGCCCCUGGGCAAACUGUGGUCUUCACCGUGCUGUUGUCCGCUGGGACUGAUGUCUCCUUCCAUUUGGGUAUCAAUGAUACUUUCAUGAAGCUCCACAACAUCACGGAAUAUACGUACCGGUUCACACACCUCGGAACGUACCAGGUGACAUUAACAGCGCAAAACAGGGUCAGCUGCAGCCAUGCUGACAUGGAGAUCCGGGUGAUAGAGCCAGUGCAGGGUCUGAGGCUGGUGAAUUGCGAUGAGCAAGCCGUUCCUGCUGGGGUAACGAAAACCUUCAGGGCUGAGGUAUCCAGCGGCUUUCAGGUGUCAUACCUGUGGCACUUUGCGCUGGGAAGCCAUUCUGAUCUCAUCGCCGGGCAGAACGUUUCCUACACACCAAAGGUGCGAGGGCAUCUAAGUGUCCUGCUGAGGGCGUCCAACAACAUAUCGAGCGAGAACGUUUCCGCUCUGAUCCUGGUACAGUGUCGGAUUUUGGCUGCUCGACUUACGGCGUCACCACCCAUCAGUGUGGUCAAUGAAUCGGUGCACCUGAGUCUCUCUGUGACGCCCAGUUUCACAGAAGCAACUUUUGUGUGGAGGUUUGGAGAUGGGUCCCAAGUUCAUGCCAACAUGUCAGUUCUGUCCCACUUUUACUUACAGCCAGGGGUUUACCUGGUGGAGGUCAACGCGUCCAACUAUGUGAGCUUCUAUGCGGCACAGGCUACGGUAACCAUCCUGGUGCUGAAGUGCGACCCACCCAAAGUGAGCAUGAUUCUCAGCGACACCAUGAGAAGGUCACAGAGGAACUACUUGGAGGCAGACAUUGACCUCCAAGGAUGCACUGAGUAUCAGGUGGGCUACCGAUGGGAGAUACACAACGUUUCAAGCUGCACCUCCUUAGAAGAAGGAAAUGAAGUUCAACCAAGAAACGUGGACUUGAAGAGACCCCGGCUACAGCUGCCCACCCUGUCACUAGCCGUCGGAUGGUACUGCGUACUGUUUACCAUUUCCUUUGAGGGAACCUCAUUCAUAAAGACUGUACAAUCCAUUGUGAAUGUGAUUCCCAGCGCACUGGUCCCAAUAAUAGAUGGUGGGACAUUCAGGUCAUGGACAACCAUGCAGGAUCUCGUGAUGGAUGGCACUAGGUCUUAUGACCCUGAUCAGCCUCCUGAGAGACAAACACCUCUCGAUUUCAAGUGGUUGUGUACAUACCCAUGUCUGGGACCUUCUGGCUGUGGUAUUUCUGGGAACGGAGCCAUUUUCUCCAUUUCAAGAGAGAAGCUGAAACACAACACAAACUACACUUGCUGUCUGAAUGUUAGCAAACCUGACCGGGAAUCCCAGUCCGUCAAACAGCUUAUUUCCGUGAAGGGUGGCAGCUCACCACUGGUGUCCCUGGAGUGUGUCUCCUGUAAAGCGCAGGCUGUUUACGGAGUGAGCAAAAGUUCCUAUGUCUACCUGUCUGGAAGCUGCAGCAACUGCGAAGGCACUCCUCAGUAUGUGUGGAAAGUAGAGAACUCUAAAAAGGAGUUGCUUGCCUUAAACAAUGCCACCACUUCCACUGGGAGCAACGGGAUGAACCUGGUCUUGAGACACGGGGUCCUGGAAGAUGGAGAUGGUUACACGUUCAGCCUGAAUGUCACCGAUCCACUAAUGGAGAAUGUUGGAUUUGCAUCAAUAUACAUCCCUCCCAUUCACCUCCCCUCUGGGGGAAGCUGUCUGAUAUUUCCUACAGAAAACAUCAGUGCUUUGACAACCAGUGUCACCUUCACCUGUACUGGUUGGGAGACAGCUGGCAUUCCUCUGGUGUACACCUUCAUCCUUACUCGAUGUGGCGUUGGCGGCAAACACUGUGACGAGUUCUACGUCUACAGAGGCAGCAGAUCGGAAUAUUGCGCCGUCCUUCCCCCCGGCUUCAGUUCGAACCGAUUCAAUGCUUACCUUGCCGUCACCGUGCAGAACCAGCAAGGGGCCUCUGUGGUGGCUUUGAACCGGUCUGUGGUUAUCAACAUCACCAGCACACCCGAGGGCUUUCAGAGUCUCACUGAUUGGAUGAAGCUCGAGACUGAGACCAAACUGCAAGAGCUGUUGAAACAAGGGGACCCUCAGCCCACCGUGGAGUACGCCCUCGCCCUGGUCACUGUGCUCAAUGAGUAUGAGAGGAGCAAAAGCUACGGAAGGGAGUCAACGAACGAGACAAUCAGCAGGAUUAACAUUCGCAGUAACAUCACGCUGGCCCUGACGUCACUUAAGGUCACCACGGUGGAUGACAUUCAGCAGAUCUCGGCUGCGCUGGCACAGUGUACGGUCAUUAGCAGAGAGUUCAUCUGUGGCGAAUGCCAGAAAGAGACACUGUCUGCUCUGGACAACAUGAUAACAGUCCUUCAGAAGGAAACAGGACAGGGUAAAAUGACGCCCACCUCCAUUGGGGAUAACAUCCUCGUCACUGUAGGCGGCCUGAUUGAUAUAACUAACCAGUUGGUUCCAGUCGUGAAUAAGGUCAACCGCCCAUUGACAAGUAAACCCGAAUUGGUGGCAACCAAGGCUUAUGAUCUGUCCAUGAAGUUAAUGCAGAUUUUGAUGGGCACACGGGUCCUGAAUGAAGAGCCCUUGAGCGUAUCGGGUGCCAGGAUGCGGGCUCAGGGCAAACGUGCUGACCCGGGCCACUUGCUCUGCUUCGCCAACAAGUCAGGCUGCCAGUUCUCCAUCCCGCCGUCCUUCAACAGCAUCUUCUCCAACAUCAGCGACGUGACUCAGGUCAUGUUCCUGGUGGACUCCAAUCCCUUUCCGUAUGGCUACAUCAAGAACUACACCAUCUCCAGCAAGGUGGCAUCCAUCGAGUUCAAGAUGGACAAUGGCUCGCAGAUCCCAAUCGAGAGCCUGGACUCGGAGAAGGCCAUUACAGUUACAGUGUCGGCCAACUCUGAAGUUAGAAACGUCACGAUUAAUACAACGGUUAUCACCGCACGGAAAUCAGUAAUGGUGAAUAUUACAUCCAGGAACUUAAACAAAAGGGCUGGCCUCCAUAUCCAGGUCACGUAUACAGUUUUAAACGAUUCUGGAACUUGCGUUGAGAAGGAAGCUGAGCCCUUUAUCCAGGUUCUCCUCCACAAUUCAACAAAGCCAAAUGAGCAUAACUACAAAGCCAAGAAGAGGAUCUAUUUGGAAUCAGUGGGAGGAUCAGAUCACAAGCUGUAUACCUUCUUCUUGUCCCCGGAUACAGAGGACACAAGGAAAGACUAUUACCUGAACAUCACAAACUAUUAUACCUCGUGCUCUGUGCAAGUGUCAGUCGGUGUCUACACUUCCCUUUGCCAGUAUUUCAACAUGACAGCAAUGAGCUGGAAAACAGAUGGGAUUUUGCCGUUGGAAGAUACCACGCCGGACAUCGCUGUCUGCCUGACUCAACAUCUGACUGCCUUUGGAGCAAGCCUCUUUGUACCACCCAAUUCAGUCGUUUUCAUCAACCCCCCUUCCUCUGUCAUAAAGAACUACAUCGUCCUCAUCACUUGUGGCAUCUGCUUUGCCAUCUAUGCUGUCUCGGCCAUCAUUGUCCGGAAGCUGGAUCGGAUCGACAUCGGCCGAGUGGGAGUCAUCCCACUCUGUGGAAAGGAUGGGUUCUACAAAUACGAGAUCCUAGUGAAAACGGGCUGGGGCCGUGGCACAGGGACCUCCUCACAUGUGGGAAUCAGCCUGUAUGGAAGAGAGGACAAGAGCGGCCACAGGCACUUGGACAAUGAGGGUGCUUUCCACAGGAACAGCGUGGACAUUUUUCAGAUUGCGACGGACAACAGCCUUGGCAACAUCUGGAAGAUUCAUGUCUGGCAUGAUAACAAAGGCCUUACCCCAUCAUGGUACCUGCAGCACGUAAUCAUUAAAGAUCUACAGACCAACAACACCUAUUACUUUCUGGUGAACGACUGGUUGGCUGUUAACAAGGAUGGGAAUGAAGGCCGAGUGGAAAAGGAGGUCCUCGCUGCAAGUGAAGCUAAACUGAAGGACUUUUCCCGCAUCUUCACGGCGGAAAUCCAGAGGGGAUUCUCGGAGGGGCACAUCUGGCUGUCGAUCUGGGAUCGUCCACCCCGCAGUUGCUUCACCAGGGUCCAGAGAGUCACCUGUUGCCUUGUCCUCGUUCACCUCUGCUUUUGCGCCACUGCGGUGUGGUAUGGAGUUAUAAGUCACAGAAGCAUAAGUGACCUUCCGAUCUCAGCGCUGGUCCCUCUGAGUGGAGAGAGUGUGGCAGCUGGCAUUGUCUCCAGUAUUAUCAUCUACCCGAUCUAUCUAAUCCUCAUUCUGCUCUUCCGCAAGUCUCGGAGCAGGGCAGCAAUGAGUGACUCGGGUCCGCAUGAAUCGAAUGUGUUGGAAAUCGACGAUUAUGUUGAUCCCUCAAUAGCUGGCAGUUCCUUCCUGACCUUCGCAGACAACCUGGAGGAGGAUUACAAAGAGAAGCUAAAGACUGACGUAAAUGCAAAGAGCCUGCCUAACUGGCCUGCUUAUAACAGCGUGAUGAAUUGGCCGGACUUGCUGAGUGAUCAGUCCAUUAUAGGGAGCAACAUUCCGAAGCUAAGGAGAGGCCGAGGAACCCGUCACCUUGGAAUCGAGACACAGCUGAGUUCAGAUGACGAGCCGCUCUCCCUUGGCUACGAGCAAGCCCGGGCCAAAGCCCUCUCUGCUUCAGAUGAGCACCUGAUACAGCGAAUGAGCUUUGCAGGGAAUAAUGAGGUGUCAACUUCACAUGACAGUGGCCGGGUCUCUCUGGAUGUCGAGAGUCACUUAAUAUCUAACCUAACGGAGAUAAUCAGUGGAAAUGAGGAGCUGCCAACAGAGGCAGCCAUUCUGCACAAGACCAGUGACUUUGGUCACAUCAUCCGUCCAACCCAAGGUAUUGGAAGACUGGCCACCACCAGAAGGAUAGCUUUCAGUGACCCUCCACAGCGAUGUCUCUUCCCAUUUUGGUGCAGUUACACAGCGCACACCCUCUGCUUCCUCCUCUUCUCUGUUUCUAUCACCGUGUCACUUUGGAUUGGCGUUUCCUUCACUCCCCGGGUAGCUCUCAUGUGGCUCAUCUCAGGAAUCUUCAGCGUCCUCUCCUCAUUCUUCCUCCUGGAACCUCUGAAGGUUCUGACUGAAGCACUUUAUUUCUCAUUGGUUGCCAAGCGCGUCCACCCAGAUGAAGAUGACAAUCUGGUGGAGAAGCCGCGCGUGGAGCAGAUCUCGGAAAGGAUUGGAAAGGUUCGGCCUCCGCAAGGGUACGGUCUUCUGCAGGCAAGGGAGGAGGCGAAGAAGGUCCAGAUCCUCCACAGGAUGCUCAAGAACUUCAUCAUUUACAUGCUGUUCCUGCUGGUGGUCUUGCUGAUUAAUUAUGGAGACUCGUUCAGAGACGCCCAGAGUCGACUCCUUCAUAGUUCAAUUCGACAAGGUCUGGUCGGAGUGAGAAAAGGAGUGGAGUUCCAGAAAAUCAAAAGAUCAGGGGAGCUAUUUAAGUGGAUGGCAGAGGCAUUGCUACCAUAUCUCUACAACAACCGAAGCAAGACUUUGUUGGGUUGUGCACGACUACGCCAAGUUCGUUCAAAAAUAAAUCACGUUCAAUGUCUUCAGCAAGCUCCUCCAUCUCCGGUGACCAGACAGUGUCUACACUACCCCAUGCUUCAAGAUACCAGUGAUUAUGAGAUUGGUUGGAAGAGCCCAGUGACAAAUCGGAAUAAUACAUGGUCGUACUCAUCGCCUGAUCUACCAGAGGUGUGGUACUGGGGCCAAACCACAACGUCGGACAGUGGAGGAUAUGUGCAGAAACUGGGCCGGACCAUGGACCAGAGUAAUUACACGCUGUGGCACUUACAGGAGAGCAACUGGUUGGACAGAAAGACCAGGGUUGUCUUUGUUGAGUUUGCCCAGUAUUGCCCCAAUGUGGAUUUGUACAGCGUAGUCACCGUGCUCGUGGAGUUCCCCAUAUCCGGAGGGGCAUUCACCGCCAUUGACAUCAAACCAUUCUCACUGCUGCGUCUAAGUGCUGGCGUUGAUUUUCUACUUGUCAUGAUGGUCUUUCUCUUGCUGUUCAUCCUGUACUUCACAAUUAGUGAAUUGCUCCUGAUGCGUCACGAGGGCAGGACAUACUUCUUCCAGUUCUGGAACUACCUGCAGUGGUCGGUCAUUAUUCUCAGUGUCUGCUGCGUGGCUGUGCAUCUGAAGCGUGCUAAAAUUGGCGACAAACAGUGGGCACAUUACCUUGCCAACCAAGACUGCUUCACCAACUUUUACCAGCUGGCAUACCUGAGUCAGGUAUUCACCAAUCUGGCCGCCAUCCUCCUUUUCCUGCUGAUGGUUAAGGCUGCUCGACAGCUGCGGUUUGUCAGGAAGUGGUCCAUCUUUGGAAAGACCUUGCAUAAUUCUGGAAAGGAACUGUUUGCGGUGGUCGUGACAUCUGCUGUUCCUCUUCUUGCCUACACACAGCUUGGCUAUCUGUUUUUUUCCGCCAACCUCGAUAACUUCAAGACCUUUGGAGGCAGCGUGCUCUCUCUGUUCACUGUGAUUCAACGAGGGAUCUCCCUUAGGCAGUGUUUCUUCGAGUACCCGAGCCUGUGUUCCAUCUACUACAUCAGCUACAUUGUCAUUGAGAUCUGGAUCGUGCUGCGGUUGUUCGCGGCUGUGCUGAUCCAGAACUACCGGGUGAUGAAGCUGGAGAUGCACCGACCUGCGGUGGAACCACAGGAGUACGAGCUGGUGGAGCUGUUCGUCAGAAGACUCAAGAUGUGGAUCGGCGUCAGCAAAGCAAAAGAAUUCCGCCAUAAAGUCAAGUUCGAAGGAAUGGUUCCCUUGCCCUCUCGGUCAUCUAGAGAUUCAAAGUCAACGUGUCUCCACACCGCCAGCACCAUCUCGGACAUCUCCUCAUCAUCCACAUCCAGCGAGUCCACCCCGACGGACGCAUUCCCCCUGGCCAGCCCAAACAAGGCAGCACAGAUAGAGAUGAACAUCCAUCGGCUGGUCCCCUUGUUCGAAGCCCUGCUCGAGCAGUUUGACAAGGUGAACAACGUGACGGAAGACAUCUAUCAGGUUGAGUGCAAACUCAAACACGCCCAGGACAGAAUGCAGCAAAGGAAGAUCAACACGAAGGCGGAGGAGCUGGUUGCAGCCUACAGGCGGAUGAGAGCCAGCAGAAGACUGAGGGACGAUUGCCGUUCAUCCCUACCAACUCCAGGGGACAAGGCAAGGAUUAAAGACACGCAGCUAGGAAACAGCCCAUUAGAAGACUGUACGAUGGAAAUCCUUAAAGGGAAGGAACCCCAGCCGCCUCGAAGGAAGUCCAAAAUGCCAGACAACAAGAUGCGGCAACAGACACCAGGGGAUCACCCAGUUCACUCAAACCCGGAUUAGUUGUUGGACCCCAUAAGCUACAGUGGGAGACAAUGACCCUUUGACUGCGCUUCAGAAGAUGUGCCACUCCACAGUCCCUCUGCACACUCAAGUAUUGAACCAGCGGUGACACAAGAGAGACUGCAGAUGCUGGAAAUCUGGAGCAACACACAAAAGGUGCUGGAGGAACUCAGCAAAGCAGGCAGUAUCUGCGGACGUUUCAGGUCGAGACCCUUCAUCAGGACCGGAAAGAAAGAGGGGGAGAUAGCCAGUAUAUGUAAAAUGGGGUGUGGAGCAAGAGCUGGCAGGUGAUAGGUGGAUCCAGGCGAAGAGGAUGAUAGGCAGAUGAGGGAGGGGGAGAGUGGCAAUGAUGUCAGAAGCUGGGAGGCGAUAGGUAGAAGUGACCAAGGGCUGAAGAUGAUGGAGUCUGGUUCGAGGACGGUGGAACAUGGAGUAAAGGGAAGGAGGUGAACCAACGAGAGAACUUGUACAUCACCUCCCAGCUUCUUGCAUCAUUCCCACUCUCCUCCCUCUUGCCCGCCAGCUCUCGUUCCACCCCUUCUUCCCCCCCCCCACCCCACCUUUUUAUACUGGCCAUCUCCCCUCUUUCUUUCCAGGCUUUGUGAAGGUUCUCGACCCGAAACUGUUCAUUUCCCUCCAUAGAUGCUGCCUGGGCCGCCGAGCUCCUCCAGCGCUGUGUGUCGCUAUCGAACCGGGGGCAUUGACUUCUAAUAAUAAAGUGACAGCUAAGCUACCACUUUUGGCACUGGCCCAACCUGUUUGAGCAUUAAAGGUUUGGAUUAUCCCCACUUUUUCUCCUCUCCCCCCAAAAGGCUGAGAUAUUGAUGAUGGUAAAUGGUCACUUCCUGCCACCACAACUGGUGACUUCAUCAAUGAACAUUGUAGGUGGCACCAUGUGACAAGUUAUUCACUAAACGGGUCAGAAUAAGCCUUAAAAAGGACAAUUAUUUUUUAAAAGAUGAAAAUAGUUUACUUUAUAUGUAUUAACAAGCACUUUAAAUUGAGGAUAAUUCAGAAGGAGAGAUUGUACAAACUUGCUUUAGCCAAGCAUCAAAAGGAUGCACUUAUUUAAAAAAAAUGCUGUUUUAAUCAUUUAAUUAUGAAUUGCAUUCAUUUGAUCAGUGAAAAGGGAACAGUGCACACAGUUAACUUUACGAGACAGUAUUUUUGCUUAAGUUGCAGUAGUGACAUUCCUGUUACAGAAUGUAAAAGGGGCAGAGGGGUGUUGAUUUUUUUUAAAAAGCACUGUAAAUAGAACAUGUUUUGCUAAAAUAACAGUCCCAGCACUGCGACAAGGUAAAUGACUGUAAACUAUUGUAAAAUGCACAUAAAUCAAGAACCCUGCACAUUUACUUGCUCCUGUUAUAUCUGCAGCUGAAACAAGUAGCCAUAAAAAGUUAAUUUACUAGUGCUCAUAUCAUAAUUACAGUAAAAUAAAUAUCACAACAUUCAAGCAAGUCACCAGAAACACCACCCUGAUGCAUUGCUGUAGAAAAUAUUUUUGUGUGGAUAAAAAAAAAGCAAUAGAAUUUGAUUAUCUUAGCAAGUUACAGUGCAGAACUUAGCAUUUGCAGUGUAAAUAUGCAUAAUGGUUAUUUUGGUCCAAUAUUAACAGGGGGAUGAGAUCAUGGAAUACUGGAGUGGAGAAUAAGCUUCCCAUGUAUAUGCUGAUCAUACCUUAACAUUCCUUCUGGGCAAGCAUUGAUUACAUUUGGUUAAGGUCAAGCACGGUGUACCAAAUGCUGGGUGGUCAAUGCUUUACUGAUGAAUGGGUCCACCUUCAUAGAGAAUCCUGUCUCAUCUCCCAAUCACCUAGGUGUGGCUUACCAGAUAUGAUGCCACAAAAUUCAUCCAUCAUUGCUACCCAACUUGUGAAAGUCAGUCUGGGCAAACAGUAAACCUGAAGCCCCUUUCAUUUUCUGUGGUUUUCUUUCUCUGAAGAAGCACUAAAAGUUGAAAUUCUCUUGCCUCUCACACCAUUAGCUAGAAUCAGAGGAUUCUUUCCUCUGUUGAACUUGUUCCUCACCUACUCCAGAACUGUACUGACUCCCAGAUUCUCUUCCUAACAGCACCGGAAAUGGGAAUAAAACCAAGAUAUUUCUUUUUCCCUAAAACAAAAUUACUGAAUUUUACUUUUUCUCACUCACAAAAGGGGAUACUGUUAAUAAAUCAUGUGUUCAGCAUAAGUCUUUAGAUUUCUCACUGAAAUGCUGCAGGAUAUUCAUUGAAUACUUAAACUGAUAAAUAAGCCUGUUAAAAGGUUGUGUAUUAUUUUAUUAUAGAAUGCAUAUAAUGUGCUUGAGCGCCAAACGCUGAUUAAAGGAGUACUA